AUGUUGCAAAAUUCACGCGCCGCAAAAAUACUCCGGAAUAUUCCGCCCGAAAAACUGAGCAUCGAACCAGGAUGCUACGUGGUACAGUGUGACAAUUCAAUAGUGUUGGAAGAUCAGCCGCAGCUCAUGAUUAGAAAUGAUGGAUCUCAUCAAGGAUCCACAAACAGAGAUUCUGCAAGUAGCAUUCCUGUUGUAUUAGAUUCAGAUCUACAGUCAUCAAUAACUGAAUGUGUUACUCUGAAUCCCAUAGAAACGGUUGAACCUGUAGUGGUACAGUGUGACAAUUCAAUGGUGUCGGAAGAUCAGCCGCAACUCAUGAUUAGAAAUGAUGGAUCUCAUCAAGGAUCCAUAAACAGAGAUUCUGCAAGUAGCAUUCCUGUUGUAUUAGAUUCAGAUCUACAGUCAUCAAUAACUGAAUGUGUUAUUCUGAAUCCCAUAGAAACGGUUGAACCUGUAGAUAUUUCUACGCCGAGGUUAUCAGAAGAACACACUAAACCAGGAUGCUCCGUGGUACUAACAGAUAAUUAUAAAGUAUUGAGGGACUGCCCCUUUAACAUCUUAAUUAAUAAUGAUAGAUCUAUCUGCCGAAGAUCCACGAGCCAAGAUUCUUUAAAAAGCAUCAGCUCUGUUUCAUUAGAUUCGGAUCUAACGUCAUCAGAAACAGUUGAGCAGACUAUCACUACCUCGUCAACGCAUCCAAGAAAAAGAUAA